CAAUUCCCUUAUAAAUAAAACACCUCGUCCCACCACUUGUCUCUCAUAAGCAAAUAUAGAAACAUGGAAGCUAUAGUACUGAUCCCAUUCCCAUUGUCGCCACUCAGGUUCCACCCAUUGAGGACAACAUCACAAAGGAUCGCCACCGGAACGUCCAAGAGAAGACGAGCUUCCACCACCGUGUGUGCUGAGUACUACAGAGGAGGAAGAACUGUGGACGAGAACAUGGUUGUCCUUAGGAAACGGAUCCACGAGAUGAAGAUGGUUGAGCGGAACUAUGAACCGCCUUCUCAUUGGAUGCAAUGGGAGAAGCGUUUAUAUUGUAACUACGACGCUACUAUAUGUGACGUAAUCUCUCUUCUCCAAACUUUUCUUAUGAACUCUCGUCCUAGCGUCGCGUUUGGAACGAUGCUUGUUCUCCUCGUCAGUGUUCCUGUUUCCUCUGCCGUUUUUGCGUUUAGCAUCGUCGAUUUCGCUCUUUGGCUUUUGGACGCCGCUCACGUAGUAUGAUCCGUAAUUAAAGAUUAUAUUUUCUCUUUGUUGUUUUAUCUCGUAAUUAAGUACUUCUUUUCAAAAACUAAAGAAAGAAAUAAUUAUUGAGAAAUCCUAAGACAAUGUAUCUGGAUUUGUAUUUUAAAGAAUCCUAAGGUUUUAGGGAAACGAAAAUAAUGAAUCAUGCAUUUUUCA